AUGGCACAACGGCAAGGGCACUCCACUUCCACACUCUCCCUGCCCCUCUCGCUCGCGGCCGCGUCGCCGGCGGAUAUGCUAAUCUCUCCGGGGCUCGCUGCACCGCCGCCGUCUCAGCCGUCCCAUUAUCUCACCGCAGCGAGCCUCAGCGGCCGCGGCCUAGGCAGCCCCAUCCAACCGACCGCCUCUACGUCGACGACUCUCCUCUACCGCCCUCGUAGCCGCCCGCUGCUCCACUCCGCGUCUGUCAAGGCCAUUGCUAUCACGAGCACCUUCCCGGUGAGAGACACCGGGUGCCGCCUCGACCGCGACGACCUCCGCAGAAUCUGCAAAGAACCCGACCUGGAGGGCGCAGUUAACCUGCUCGACGAAAUGCUCCAGCAGAGAGGCCGCACCGGCUCGUCGGGCCAACUCACGCCACAAGAGCAGUCCGCAGUACUCCAAUGCUACACCGAGCUGCUCUCCCUGGCCUCUCUCAGACGAGGCCACCGCCUGCUCUCCAAGUCCAUGUCCCAGUCCCAGCGGUCCGGAAUCGCCACGCCCAUCCUGCACAGGAUCGCCACGCUGUACCGCAAGCUCGGCGCCCCUGCCGACGCACAUCGCGUCCUCACGGAAGCAUUGAGGCCUCCCUCACCACCUAUCAAGGAGGACGGGGCGCAGGCGAAGCGGAAGGAGGCCUACGAGAAGGUGCGCGAGCUGCACAAGGAGAUACGGGCGGUCGGCUACGUGCCAGAAACCCGCUUCGUGCUGCACGACAUCGACGAGGGCGCCAAGGAGCGCGCGCUCAUGUACCACAGCGAGCGCCUGGCCAUCGCGUUCGGGCUGGUGAGCACGCCGCCAGGCACGCCGCUGCGGGUCAUGAAGAACCUCCGCAUCUGCGGGGACUGCCACAACGCCGUCAAGCUCAUCGCCAAGGUGACUGGCCGUGAGAUCAUCGUCAGGGACAACAAGCGGUUCCACCAUUUCAAGGACGGUGCCUGCUCCUGCGGGGAUUACUGGUGAGGCAUCUUCAGUUUUCGCUACAACUACCAUUGACAUCAAUUCGUGUCUUUAGUAUAGUUCAGUGUCAUAGCUCAGUGGCUUGAUCAGGUCUGUAAAUUUUAGCAAAGGCUUGUGUGGCCUUGUGUAAGUGAAGAGAGAACAGUGAUGCACUUUGUUUAGCCAACAUGUGACCUGAUGCAUUAGCCAACAAGAUGAUAUUGGACAAGUGUACACCUGCUACAACGAAAUCUCAUUGAUCAAACAUGGUGAAGCUCACAAUUCUGCC